GUUACAUGUCAUUAAAUCAGAUAUUCAAAUAUGUAUGUAUAACGACUUUUAAUAGACGAUAAUAAAGUUUGAGGACCGGAAAUUUCACAGGAAUAGGACCGGAUACUAUAAUCAAAGGUCAAGAAAAGGGGACAAACAUCAUGGAGAAAUAUUUAUUGCUGCACAAUUUUGUUGUUUUAUGCAUUUUGUUAUCAAUGCCACAUACUGUCAGUGCAGGAACAAUCGAAAUAAAACCGCAUGUGCACACUGAUGCAAUUUUUGAUGACGAAGUGAAGAUAUUUAUCUUUAAUGUGAGCUUGCUCCUAGAAUCUCAUGAGGAGGGUUCUGUUGGUGUUAAAAUCGUCUCUACAAAUACAGAGGUAGCAACAGUGACAGAUGAAAUAUUUAUCAUUCCAGAAAAUAAACAAAGUAAUAUCACAGUAACCAUUUAUGGAAGUUUCUUGGGCGAAACAGCCCUAAAAUUUUUAGUCAACAAAUCUUUAAAUGGGACAUUAAGGGGAGAUAAUCUGGAUUGGUAUGACUACACCGAAACCUAUAAACUUGUGGUGAAAAGAGACAGCAGACCUAUUGACACUGCCUUUACUGUAUCUAUUAUCAUACUUGUAUGUCUUGCUAAUGUUGCUAUGGGAUGUAAGACUGAUUUGGCUGUAGUGAAGUCUACAUUAAAGAGGCCAAUAGCACCACUGACUGGAUUAGCUUCACAGUUUGUGCUGAUGCCUUUGAUAGCAUUUUCUCUUGGUCUAGCUUUUAAACUAGAUGCUCCAUUAGCAUUUGGUUUAUUUGCCAUGGGUUGUUCACCAGGGGGAGCUGCCAGUAAUAUCUACACACAUUUAUUGGAUGGUGAUGUGUCACUUAGUGUAACAAUGACUUUUGUCAGCACAGUUGCCAGUUUGGGUUUCAUUCCUAUGUGGUUAUAUUCCCUAGGAAUAAAUUAUAUCUACAAGGAAGCAGGUUCCAUUAAAAUUCCGUAUCAAAACAUUAUCACCUCUUUACUUGGCCUACUUGUUCCUGUUGGGAUUGGAAUCCUGAUCCAGAAAAAGAAACCAAACUGGGCAAAGAACAUAGUGAAAUGUGUUCCAUACGUCACAGCUCUGUUUCUUGUCUUUGUCUUUACCGUUGGAGUGUAUGCCAACUUGUAUAUAUUUAGAGUGAUGACUCCUGUUGUACUGCUAUCGGGAGCUCUAGCACCUUAUUUAGGAUUCGCCUUUGGUGCUUUGGUAGCUUUCAUUGCAAGACAAUCUAAGAAAAACAUACUCACCAUUGCCAUAGAAACUGGAAUACAAAACACUGGUAUUGCUAUUGUUCUGUUAAAAGUGUCAUUACCUUCCCCUGAUUCAGACAUAAGUAUCACACCACCUAUUACAAGUGCCAUUUUCACACCCAUUCCUAUGGUCAUAGCUAUCAUUAUUCAUAUGAUUAGGAAAAGAAUGCAGAAGAAAACAUUACACCAACCUGAAACCAAUGUCACCAUGUUAGAUGAUACAUAUCCAGACAAUAUGGAUAAAAAUGUAGUAGAAAUGAAGUUUGAGGAGGUUCCUAUUACAGAUAAAUCUGGUGAAGAGAAAGGGAAGGGAGACCACCUUUAGGCAUUCAUUCACCAAUGAUAAAGGGUAUGAGGAAUAUGUCCAUUUCAGAAUCAUCAAAAGUUGUGGUAUGAUUGUGAUGUUUUAUUGGGGAAAUCAUGUUAAGUUUUCAAGUUUAUAUACUGGUACACAUUUUGUAU